CACUCAACCGAUAAACAUUAGCAAUGGCACCGAAAACCAGCGGAAAGGCAGCAAAGAAAGCCGGUGAGGCGCAAAAGAACAUUUCGAAGGGAGAAAAGAAGAAGAGACGCAAGCGGAAGGAGAGCUACGCUAUCUACAUCUUCAAUGUGUUGAAACAAGUUCAUCCAGACACUGGUGUCUCCAGCAAGGCCAUGUCAAUCAUGAACAGUUUCGUCAACGACAUCUUCGAGCGUAUCGCCGCUGAAUCUUCUCGUUUGUCGCACUACAACAAACGAUCGACCAUCACCAGUCGCGAGAUCCAUACGGCUGUCGGUCUCUUGUUGCCACGAGAAUUGACCAGGCACGCAAGGACUGAAGGAAUAAAGGCUGUCAUCAAAUACACCAACUCGUAACAAGAAUCUAACAUU